AUGAGGCCUUCUUUUGCACAAUUUUCAUCAUAUCCAUAUAAUGGAUUUUUACCUGAAACCCAAGAUUCAGCCCCCUCAAAUUUCUUUCACUUAGACUGCCCUGAUACAGGGCUCUCCAUUUGUUACUGUAAAAAAUACAAUCUCAAUAUCGUCCACACCCUUGCCUUAAAAGCCCAAAACUACGACCCAUCCUCAGCCUACAAGAAGCGUCAGUUCGACAAAGAGCAUUUCCAAGCAAUCCCAGUCAUUUCUCCACCCCCAUCUAUCUCAGCUGCCGAUUUAAAUGCAAAAAUAUGCAGCUACUGUGCUAAAGUUGUAUGCUUUUACCAAAAAGUCAACACCGGAACCCAAACCCUCCACCUCUGCAGAGACUGCUAUAAAGCUGAGGACACAAACGUAAAAAAAUCAUUAUCAUUGUCAGCUCGCAAAAAAAAAUUCGGGAAAUUAUUAAUGCUUGGGACAACACAAACUGAAUUAGGCAGGAGAGGAAGGCCAAGAAUCCAUGGAAGAGAAGAAAAUGACUAUAUUCAGUGCUAUUUUCCUAUAUGUAAAAGAAGAAAUAUUAGGUUUCCAGGGGAUCCUGAUUUAUUGACUUGUGGAAGCUGCACAAGGACUUUUCAUGCGAAAUGUGCAGAGCCGCCGCUUAGGGCUGAGUAUGUAAAAAGAUUUCCUUGGCUGUGUUUGGAGUGCAAAGUAUGCUCUAUAUGUGGAAAAUUAAAAGACGAAAGCCAUUUGAUGAUAUGUGAUGCUUGUGAUAGGGUUUUUCAUGCAAAAUGCAUUAAAAUUAAUGGGUCUGGGAGUUUUGUGUGUAAAGAUUGCUCGGUGUGUCGAGGCUGCGAAAAAGUGCUGCCUUCUCCAUUGUUAGUAGAUGACCCUAUUUUUGUGGAAGGAUAUAGAUUCUGCUUAGAAUGCUAUGGAAAAGUCCAAGAAAAAUGCUACUGUCCUAUUUGUGUAAAGAUAUACAGUGUUGACAGCCCUGAUGCUUUUGUGAUGUGUGAUAAAUGCCAAUUAUGGGUUCAUGCAGCUUGUGAAAAAGUCAAAGAAGAUCAAAUAGAGCAUUUGCAAGGAAAAUCUUUUACAUGUAGCAAAUGCAGUAAAAAAUAA